AUCCCGAGAUACCUGCAGCAUCAAGACCAAGAUCAAAAUCAUCAACACCCGGCGUGGUGGUGUUGUUUGUUUCACGUCACUUCAGCACACUGCUACAGGAGCCAGCACCAGGGAACACAGACCCAGUAGUGAAUAUGGCGUUGCCUAAACUCCAAUGUAUAACUCACGCCUUGAAGAACCUGUCGCUGUUAAGUCACCCAGACCAGAGAGCAUUAGUGUGUGUGAAUCAAGUGCGAGCCAUGUCAAGAGUCAAGCGGCGGCACACAGUUCCUCCAUUCUGGUUGCCCAAAACUACCCGCACUAUGUAUCCUGAGCACAUGACACCAGAGAAUGAAGUCUUCCUGAAGGAUGUCAUAGAAGAAAAAUACUCUUCCCCUCUGAAAACAGAAUGUUGGGAAAGAGGAACAUGGGCCAAAAAUUCCAUGAGAUGUGGACUGAUUGGCCGUAAAAUUGGUAUUUAUCCGAUGUGGACAAAAGAUGGCACAAGAUUGUUAACUACACUUUUGCAGGUGUCCGAUAACCAGGUGAUCAAGUACAUAAAACCCGAGGACAUUGUGCAAGGCAAAAGGAAACGAUACAGAGAACUAGGUGCCCUUGUGAUUGGUGCGGAUCAUAUUGACCCUCGAAUUGUUACAAAGGAAUAUUACAGUGUAUUCUCUGAAGCAGGUGUAAUGCCUAAAAAAAAGAUGAGCAAGUUUCUUAUCACGCCAAAUGCAAAGCUGUCCCCAGGGACACCACUCUAUGCUUCUCAUUUCCAGCCAGGGCAUUACGUUGACAUUGCUGGCAUUACAAUUGAUAGAGGUUUCCAAGGAGUAAUGAAGCGUUGGGGCUUCAAGGGCAUGCCAGCCUCUCAUGGAGUAACCAAGAGCCAUCGCCGAGGAGGCAACAUAGGGAGUGGAGGUGACAAGGCCAGGGUUCUUUUAGGAACUAAGAUGCCUGGCCACAUGGGCAGGGAGAGAAGGAUUUUGAGAGGUCUUAAGGUGUGGAGAAUAAACACCCAGCACAAUGUCAUCUGGGUACAUGGUCCAGCUGUGCCAGGUGGUGUGGGAUCCUAUGUUUACAUCUACGAUUCAGUACUCCCUGAUCAUCGACACACACAAGAAAAUCAUCCACCAUUCCCAACAUGUUUCCAAGAUGAGGAGGAAGUUGAAGAAGAAUUGUAUGAUCAAGAAUUACAUACAUUUCGUGAGCCUUCAGUCCAAUUUGUUGAAAAAUAAACAAUGUGUGUGAAAUACUGAUCCUAGAAAAGUAGUCUUAUAUGGGAUGUAAGCUAAGCAGUUAUAGCCUUGCAGCCCAGCAGGGGCAGAAGGCUAGCAAUCCAUCUUUCCUGUGUAUUGCCCUGUAAACAAAUUAGCAAUCCUGCACUUUGUGUGUGUGUGUGUGCCCCAAAAAAGAUUUAAAAAAUGUUAAGUGUCACACUAUGAGGGGUGUAAACAGGUCAGGAUAUGGAAAAAUACACAUUGUACAUAG